UAUACAGAGAAAUAAUUAUAGUGAUUAACUAGUAUACUGAAUUGGUUUUAUUGUAUCACAGGUUUAGCUCCUUUCGCAAAGAAUGAUUGCGUUAUAACAUAUUAUGAUAUUAUUAUUCGAUUACUUUCAGAUUGAAGUCGAAGAUAUAGAAAAAAGGUUAGCAUAAGGUUUUCGGUUUUGAAUAAAUAUAACGUCCCCAUUCAAUAAUCUUUUGAAAAGGAUAUGUUUGGGUAAAAUAAGAAGGAUCUUGACGGGUGUAAACACAUGCACUAAUACUUAUCUUGAACCAAUCACAAGGCAAAACGAAUACAUAUUUAUAAGAGGCUAAGGCUAUUAAUCAAGAUCUUGCAUAUUUUGUAUAUAAAAAUGAAGAGUGACUCAUCACAUUAGGGAGUAUAGAAAAUAUCUCAGGAUUUGCUUUUAGCUCCAGCAUGUCAAACUAUCUAGAUGCCAACACAAAGCGCAAAUUAACAAAAGAAAAGAUUUUAAUAAUAUAUUAAAAAAAAAAAAAUAAAGAAGGAAUCCAUCACCAAAAGUUCAUAAAAAAUUGAAUAUAAUACAAACCUUUUGCUUCCUUGUGUCUCCCUCUUUCUUUCUCUCAUCUGUCCUAUCUUCUCCAUAUAUACUUCUUCUUCAGACCCCAAACCUCCAACACACACAAAAACACAAUCUCUCUGUGCAAUUUUCUCCAAAGUUUCAAUUUUUCAAUUUCAGUUUUCUCUUAAAGCAUUUCACAUUUUCCUUUAUUACAAAUUCACGUUUAGUGAAAUAAAACCACAUCAAGACAUUUAAACUUUUUUUCAAUCUGAAACCACAUAUGGAUCCUUCAUAUAGAUUCAUAAAAGAGGAGUUUCCUACUGGAUUCAUUGUUUCUCCAUCACCACCAUCUUCUUCAACUUAUUCUUACCUCUAUUCAACCUCCAUGGCCCCAAAUGAUCCAACAACAUCAAGCUCUCCACAGCCAAUAGAAGGUCUCCACGAAUCAGGCCCACCUCCAUUUCUGACAAAGACAUAUGACUUGGUCGAAGAUUCAAGAACCAAUCAUGUUGUGUCUUGGAGCCAAGCCAAAAACAGCUUCAUUGUCUGGGAUCCACAAGCUUUUUCCACCAGUCUCCUCCCCAGAUUCUUCAAGCACAAUAACUUCUCUAGCUUUGCUCGCCAGCUCAACACAUAUGGUUUCAGAAAAGUGAAUCCGGAUCGGUGGGAGUUUGCAAAUGAAGGGUUUCUUAGAGGGCAAAAGCAUCUCCUCAAGACAAUAAGGAGAAGAAAGACAAGUAACAAUAAUCAAAUACAACCACCUCAAUCAUCCUCACAAGAACAUUCUCUAGACAACUGUUGCAUAGAAGUUGGUAGGUAUGAUCUAGAUGGAGAGAUGGACAGCCUAAAACAAGACAAACAAGUGCUGGUGAUGGAGCUAGUGAAACUGAGACAUCAACAAGAAAGCACCAAAGUGUAUCUCAAAUUGAUUGAAGAGAAACUCAAGAAAACUGAAUCAAAACAACAGCAAAUGAUGAGCUUCCUCGCCCGCGCAAUGCAGAAUCCUGAUUUCCUUCAACAACUCAUGGAGCAGAAAGAGAAAAGAAAGGAGAUGGAAGAAGCAAUCAGCAAGAAGAGACAAAGACCGAUCGAUCAAGGGACAAGAAAUGUGGUUACUGUGGAAGAUUAUGAUGAUGAUGAUAGUGGUGCUAGAGGUGGUUAUGGAAGGUAUGGAAAUGAUGCUGGAUCCACCUCAGCGUACAUGAAACAAGAAAUGUAUGGAGACUUGUCUGGAUUCGAGAUGCCCGAGUUGGACAGUCUUGCUAUGCAUAUUCAAGGACUUGGCGAUCAGUUCACUAGAAAAGAAGUCUUGGAUGUUGAGAAAAGAGAUGAAGAAGGAGAACAAGAAGGGUACCAAAAGGUGAACAAUGAGAUUUAUGGUGAGGGUUUUUGGGAAGAUAUGUUAAAUGAAGGUCAAAAUUUUGAUUUUGAAGGAGAUGAAGAAAAUGUUGAUGUGCUCAUUGAACAACUUGGUUAUUUGGGUUCUAGUUCAAACUAAUUGAGAUCAACUUGGAAAGAGUACUUAAUCAUUUGAAUCAUCGGGUUUCCUUCUGAAAAGCUUUAUUCAAUUAGGUGAGUCAUAGACUAACUUGUUAAUGGGGUUAAAUCACUGUUCUUGUUUCUUUUGAUGUUUUUUUGGAAAUAAAGUUUUAUAAAAUAUUAUAACAUAUGCUUCGCAACUUGGAAUUAUAAUCUGAACAUUAAAUUUAUUUCAAGAGAUU